AUGACGGACAUUGCCCUGUCGGUUACUGGGUCGCGUACUCGAUACAACCUUCGCUGCCUGUCUUGCCUGCCUGUGCCUACCCCCGCCGGCCGCCCCGUCGAUAUGAGUUCUCCGCCCAUGGAUCCCUACGCAGCCUUGGGCGUCUCCAGGGACGCCCAGGUUGCCGAGAUCCGCUCCGCCCACCGCAAGCUCGUUCUCAAGUGCCACCCUGACAAGGUGCAGGACCCGGAACUCAAGGCCAAGAAGCAGGACGAGUUCCAGCGGGUCCAGCAGGCCUACGAGAUCCUGACCGACGACGCCAAGCGCCAGAAGUACGACGACCAGCUGAGGCUGGCCGAGCUCCGGAGGCUGCAGCGCGAGACCAAGGCCAACAUGUCGGCCCCCCGCUCGUCCCCGGCCGCCGCCGCCGCCGCCAGCAACGCCUACCCCGACGUCGAGAUCCGCACCGCCGAGCCCCGCCCUUCAUCGUACAACAGCACCGGCGCCCCCCCCGGCGCCCCCCCCGGCGUCAGGAUCUUCACAACCCAGAGCAGCUCCGCGGCCGGCGCCGGCUUCUCGGCGCGGUCGUGGGAUGAGGGCGCCUCCACGACCAGGGCGUCGUCGUCGCGCUACUACGACGCCGGCGCGAAGGCCGACGCCCGCCCGCCCCGCCGCGAGAAGACGGCCCAGAAGAAGGAGGAGAAGCGCUCCAAGGAGAAGCAGCGGUCCAAGGACCACAAGCGCGAGCAGGAGUCGAAGCGCCGCGACCGCGAACCUGCCUAUGUGGGCGGCGUGUACGACGAGGAGACGAUGCCGUCGUCCUCGCGCAAGUCGAGCAGUAAGAAGUACGACGACCCGACCGCCGCCCCCGCCGCAGCCCCGUACACGGCCACCUACGGCGCGCCCGUGCAGGCCUCCAAAUGGGACUACGCCAACGCCUACAUCUACUCCCAGAUGCAGAGGGCCGCCGAGCCGGCCUACACGCACCACAACACGCCCCCGCGACCCACGGCACCCACCCCGCCCCCCAUGGAUGGCGGGUAUUCUCGACCGAGCGACGAUGAAGACGACUCGGACGACGAUUCGGGCUCGAUCGCCUUGGACGACUCCACCGACUCGGAUGACACCGAAAUCGACGACCACCCGCGCCGCUCCUCGGCCAUGCCGCGCCGCGGAUCCGCCGCGGCCGCGGCGGCGGCCGCCGAGAUGGCACCCUCGACACCGCGGGGGGAGCCGCUGCACCGGCCAUCGCGCAGGGGGUCCCGGGGAAGCCCGCCCAUCAUCUUCGACGUGUCACCGACGCAGCGCCACACGCCUCGCUUCUCGUCGUCGGCCGAUAUGGGGCCCGGCCCGGGACUGGGCUCCUCCCCGCCACACCUGUCGAGGACGCACACGAUGCCGGCGCCGGCGGACCUGCCGCGCUCGCACACGCGUCCGAUCCCGACGCCGCGCCGCACGCAGACGUACGACCACCACUACUACAAGUCCGCGGGCGGGGCGGACGUGAUGCCCAACCGCGGCCGUAACAGGUCGCGCAGGGAGCCGCAGGUGGUGGAGGAGGACUCGCUCGACGAUUCGGACGACGUGCUGGAGUACAGCGCCUCCAGCCGAGCCCGUCGGUCGUCGGGCGCCACCGUCAUCCCGGCCUCGACGCCCAACAUCAAGUACGGCAGCAGUGGCAGGAGCGGCCGCAAGAACCGGUCCCCCGAGGAGGGUUCCCAGACGCAGUACCACGUCGGGCACGGGCGCACCAAGAAGGUGUCGUCUUCCUCGUUGCGGGCCAGCGCGUCGGCCGCGGGCAUGGGCCCGGAGAUGCUGAGCACGAGCGCCAGCAGCAAGAAGAGCGCGACGUACUACAGCGUGCCGCACCGCCCCGGGUCGUACGGCCGGGAGCACAGCGGCCCGGCGUACAUGCACGUCGCUACCAGCCCGAUGCCGCCGUUUCCCAGCAUCAGCCAGUCUAAGCCUCUGUCCCCCAGGGACGUGGCGUAUACGCGGUAUGAAGCCGCGUAUCCUACGACUAGGGCUUGA